AUGUUUUUACUUCGCCUGAUUAUAUGCACUCAAAUCGGUUACCGAGCGGUUUGGUCGCAUAGCACUGUUGCAACGUUGGUGACGUUCGUGAACGUUUGUCUCCGUCGAGCGAUGGCCAUCAUCACCGCGAUACUCUUCGUGUUGUUCGCUGAACGCUUGGGCGCUGGCUUUCAAUGUCUGGACGAGGAAGGACAGCCAGUCGACUGGUAA